AUGGCGAGCGACGAGGGGGCUCCGCGGACGCCUUCCCGGCUGGCGGCGGCGCUGCUGCUGGCGGCGGCGGCGGUGGCGGCGCUCGUGCCCCCUGGCUCGGAGGGGCAGCCGGUCUCCUUCCACGCGGACGUGAACGGACACAGCUUGCACCCGCCUUACUUCAACCUGGCCGAAGGCACCAAGAUCUCGGCCAGCGCGACCUGCGGCGAGGAAGAGCCCGGCGCCAAGACCCCCAGAGCGGUGGAGGAUUUGUAUUGCAAACUCGUGGGCGGGCCGGUCGCAGGCGGGGAGCCCAACCAGACCAUCCAGGGGCAGUACUGUGACAUCUGUUCAUCUGCAAACAGCAACAAAGCCCAUCCCAUUACCAAUGCUAUUGACGGCACGGAACGCUGGUGGCAGAGCCCACCCCUUUCUCGUAGGCUGGAAUUCAACGAGGUCAACGUCACCUUGGAUCUUGGACAGCUGUUCCACGUGGCCUAUGUUCUGAUCAAGUUUGCAAAUUCUCCUCGUCCAGACUUGUGGGUACUUGAGCGGUCAACUGAUUUUGGACUUACCUAUGAGCCUUGGCAGUACUUUGCCUCGUCCAAGAGAGAUUGUAUAGAGAAAUUUGGUCUGAAGACUGUGGAACGCAUUGCCAAAGAUGAUGACGCCAUCUGCACCACUGAGUACUCCCGCAUUGUGCCCUUGGAGAAUGGAGAGAUUGUAGUCUCUUUGGUGAAUGGGCGACCAGGAGCUAUGAACUUCUCUUACUCCCCUCUCCUGAGGAAUUUCACCAAAGCCACCAACAUUCGAUUACGUUUCCUGCGGACCAACACCCUGCUUGGGCAUCUGAUGGGAAAGGCCUUACGAGACCCUACUGUGACCAGAAGGUAUUACUACAGCAUCAAAGAUAUUAGCAUCGGAGGACGAUGUGUAUGCCACGGUCAUGCUGACGUCUGCGAUGCCAAGGACCCUUCAGAUCCUUACAGGCUACAGUGUGACUGUCAGCACAACACCUGUGGAGGGUCAUGUGAUCGUUGCUGUCCAGGCUUCAACCAGUUACCAUGGAAACCAGCCACUAGUGACGAUGCUAAUGAAUGCGAACCCUGCAAUUGUAAUGGCCAUGCCUAUGAUUGCUAUUACGACCCGGAGGUUGACCGUCACAGGGCCAGCGAAAAUCGUAAUGGCCAAUUUAAAGGAGGAGGUGUGUGCAUUGAUUGCCAGCACCAUACAGCAGGCAUCAACUGUGAGAGCUGCAGCCCUGGAUACUAUAAAUCCCCAGAUCAUCCAAUAGAUUCACCGUACAUUUGCUAUCGCUGCAAUUGUGACUCGGACUUUAUGGAUGGCACCUGCGAGGACCUAACUGGCCGCUGUUACUGCAAGCCAAAUUACUCAGGGGAGGACUGUGAUGGUUGUGCGGAUGGUUACGUGGACUUCCCACAUUGCUAUCCGGUGCCAGUUUUCUCUUACAAUGAUACCGGAGAGCAAGUCCUUCCAGCUGGGCAGAUAAUAAACUGUGACUGCAAUGUUGCUGGCACCAGAGGGAACGCCUGCCGGAAAGAUGCUCAAAUUGGGUUGUGCUUGUGUAAACCCAACUUCCAGGGGACCCAGUGUGAUCAGUGUGUGCCCGGGUAUUAUGGACCAAGUUGUCAGCCCUGCCAAUGUUCGGGCCCUGGCUUCUAUGAAGGCACAUGCGACAGCGAGACUGGCCAGUGUCUAUGUCGAACCGGAUUUGAAGGAUAUACUUGUAAUCAGUGUGCUCCUGGCUAUUUCAGCUAUCCACUUUGUCAAUUUUGUGGCUGCAGCGCUGUCGGCACAUUGCCGGAAGGAUGUGAUAACUCCGGGGGAUGCUACUGUAGGCCUGAAUACGACGGGCCUCAUUGUGACCAGUGUAGAAUUGGAUAUCAUUCCUACCCUCAUUGCCAAGCUUGCUCCUGUGACCCCCGAGGCUCAGUGGACAAUGACUGCAGCCCCAUUGGUCAGUGCCAUUGCCACUCAAAUUACAUAGGCCACACAUGCAACCAGUGUGCCCCAGGCUUCUAUGGAUAUCCUAGCUGUACAGCUUGUCACUGUUCCACAGAAGGUUCUCUCUAUGGCACCUGUGAUCAAGAGACUGGGCAGUGUAGCUGUCGUCCCAGAGUAACCGGACCGCGCUGCGAUACCUGCAUACCCGGGGCUUAUGGAUUCCCACAUUGUGAAGUGGGCUCUUGUAAUCCUGCGGGGCUUGUGAAUGAAGACACUUCUUUGCCACCAGUGGGUUCCUGUGAGUGUCGGGCCUAUGUGGAAGGUGAAGCUUGUGACAGGUGCAAGCCGCUCUACUGGAACUUGACUCCUGAUAACCCGUUUGGAUGCAUGAGCUGCCAGUGUGACACCAUGGGCACCAUUGCAGGCGUUGCGGAAUGUCAGCAAGGUGAUGGGCACUGUUUUUGCAAGCCCAACAUCUGCGGCCAGUUCUGCUCAGCAUGCAAAGAAGGAUACUAUAAUCUGGAGAGCGGGAAUUACUUUGGUUGUCAAGGAUGCCACUGUGACAUCGGUGGAUCCGUCGGGCCUGUGUGCGAGGAGGAGACGGGAUCCUGUCGCUGCAGACUGAAUACCCAAGGCCCCACGUGCACCCAACCAACAAAAGACCAUUAUAUCCCUGAUCUUCACCACCUGAAAUACGAGCUCGAAGAGGGGACUACGCUGGAUGGGAGGCCUGUUCGCUUUGGCUACAAUCCCCUGGAAUUUGAGAACUUCAGCUGGAGAGGAUACACACAGAUGUCUUCCAUCCAGAACAAAGUCAAAGUCACCAUGCAUGUGAGAGAAGGCGAGCUCUAUCUCUUCCAUGUCAUCCUGAGAUACGUGAAUGCAGGGGGUGGCACCGUGUAUGGCAAAAUCACAGCUUCUCAGCCACGAAGAAGAGGUACUGAGCAAACGAAGCAGAUUGUGUUUGCACCCACCAGAGAGCCGGCUUUUGCAACUGUCCCUCAGAACAGCUUUGGGGAACCCUUUGUGCUGAGCCCUCAUGUGUGGUCUCUGGUCAUUGAAGCCGAGGACAUCCUGCUGGAUUACCUGGUCUUGCUGCCCAGCUCCUACUAUGAGGCGCCUAUAUUGCAGCUGAAAGUCUGGGAUCCUUGUACCUACAACCCAGCUCCUGAACAAGCAGGUCAAAACUGCCUCCUGUACAAGUAUGUGCCUGCGGAGCAGUUCCCCUUUGGGUUAGGCGAAGAUGCGGUGUGCAAGUUGGACAACAGCUUACCGAGACCCUGUGCUAAGGAGCAGAUCUCCCCUACGUACCCUGAGAUGGUGGUAUGCAGUGGCAGCGAUGUGGAAGUGCAGAUAUCGGUUGCUAUACCCCAGCCAGGGAGGUAUGCACUUCUGGUGGAAUAUGCCAAUGAGGAUACGCCACAAACAAUCAGCGUAGAAGUGAGAUCAUCACAGCUUGUCAUUCAGCAAGGCAUUCUUGCCUUACAUACUUGCAAGUACAGUUUCCUUUGCCGUGGGAUAACGUUAGAUCCGCUAAAUCGCUUGGCAGCUUUUGAAUUGCCCACAACGGCUUUAAUUCAAUUCACUGCAGAUCAUGCUCGUUUCUUCCUGUACAAAGUGUAUCUGGUCCCAUAUGAACAAUUCACUUUGGAGUUUUUGGAGCCAAAGGUCCAUUGCAUCAGCGUCCAUGGAACAUUAUCACCAAAUAGUAGCUCCUGUGUCCCAUCGAGGUAUCAGAAGAUUUCGCAGUCAGUUGUUCUGGAGGAAGGGCAGUUACUCCCAGUCGCUCCAGGCUUCCCCCUGAUUCAUGCCUUUAGCAUCCCCCCAGUGCCUAUCCCACCGGUAUCUUCCCUUCAGCCCCCAACUCUGAUAGACUCCUCUGCAGAGCUCAUCCUGCUAAAGGCUCCCCAGACAGCCAUUGUGUUAAGUGGUCGCAUACAGAGUCUGGGACGCUACGCUUUCAUUCUGCACUGUUACCAGCCCAGUCACUCAACAUUCCCUGUGGAAGUGUUGAUCAAUGGUGGACGGAUUUGGCAGGGACAAGCUAAUGCAACUUUCUGCCCACAUGGAUACGGUUGCCGAAGUCUGGUGGUUUCAGAGAACCAAAUUGUCCUGGAUGUUACGGAUAAUGACCUGAGUGUGAUCAUUCGCGUGCCAGAGGACCGGCACUUUUGGUUGGAUUAUAUCCUUGUGGUUCCAGAAGACAGUUAUGGCUCGAGCUACCUUUCAGAAGAACCCCUGGACAAAUCUUACGAUUUCAUCAGCAACUGUGGAGUCAACGGCUUUUAUAUCAACCCUGUAACGUCAUCCAAGUUCUGCCAGGACUCUGCUACUUCGAUCUCGCUUUUUUACAACAACGGGGCCCAGCCUUGCCACUGCCACGAGGCAGGUGCCGUUCGAAGCCAGUGCGAGCCGUUCGGUGGCCAGUGCGUUUGCAAGUCGAACGUCAUUGGCCGAGAAUGUUCCCGGUGCACCACUGGUUACUGGGGUUUCCCCAACUGCAGACCCUGUGACUGUGGAACUCGCCUGUGUGAUGAGCUGACAGGACAGUGCAUCUGUCCACCACACACCAUUAAACCAGAGUGUACGGUCUGUGAGCCUCAGACCUUUGGCUGUCACCCACUCGUAGGCUGUGAGGACUGCAAUUGUUCGAGCCCUGGAAUCCAAGAUCAGACAGAGCCAGGAUGUAACAUAGACAGUGGACAGUGCAGGUGCAAGCCCAACGUAGUAGGACGUCAGUGUGAUCUCUGUGCCCCAGGCUACUAUGGGUACCCAAACUGCAGGAGCUGUGACUGCCACCUCGCAGGGACAAAAGCAAGUGUGUGUGAUCCAGUCACUGGGCAGUGCCACUGUAAGGAGAAUGUGGAAGGUCCAAGGUGCGACCAGUGCCACCUGGGGACCUUCUCUUUGGAUGGCAGCAAUCCCAAAGGUUGCACCAGGUGUUUCUGCUUUGGGGCGACAGACCGCUGUCACAGUGCAGAGAAGUACCGUGUGGAGCUUAUUGACAUGAGUGGGUGGAUUUUGCUGAGUGGAGAUCGCCAGGAAAUCCCCACCUUGGUCAGCCUGGAAGAUGAGAUUGUUCGUGCUGAUCUCCGAAAUUUUGCCGAGGCCUUCCAGGAUCUUUACUGGCAUGCUCCCAGCUCCUAUCUUGGAGACCAGGUUUCCUCCUAUGGUGGGUACCUGCGUUAUGAAUUGCACUCAGACACCCGAAGGGGUGACGUGUUCAUACCAAAGGAAUCCCGGCCUGAUGUUAUUCUCAAGGGAAACCAAAUGAGCGUUAUGUUUCGUGAAAGCAACUAUCCUGUUCCUGGUGAAAUCUAUGAAGGGCAGCUCCAACUGUUGGAGGACAACUUCAGGCACACUGAGACACACAACCCUGUCUCCAGGGAAGAGCUGAUGAUGGUCUUGGCUAAGCUGGAGCAGCUGCAGAUCCGGGCACUUUUCUCCCAGAUCUCCUCCACUGUGUCCCUGCACCGAGUAACACUGGAGAGAGCAACAGAGGCUGGCGGAGGCAUCCAAGCCAGCAAUGUGGAGCUCUGCAUGUGCCCAGCCAAUUACAGAGGAGAUUCCUGCCAGGAAUGUGCUCCAGGCUAUUACAGGGACACCAAGGGUCUUUUCCUGGGGAAAUGUGUUCCAUGUAAUUGCAAUGGUCAUUCGGAUCAGUGCCUCCCUGGAUCUGGAAUAUGUAUCAACUGCCAGCACAACACAGAAGGCGAUCGCUGUGAAAGGUGUAAGGAUAGUUUUGUUGGAAACUCUUCACUCGAUGGACCUCUGCAAUGCAUUGGGUGCCCCUGUCCUCUUUCAGUUUCAUCUAACAACUUUGCCAUCGGAUGUGUCCACAAAGGCUCCACCACUCAGUGUCUCUGCAAGCCUGGUUACGCUGGAGUUUCAUGUGAACGGUGCGCUCCAGGUUACUAUGGAAACCCUCUAGUGAUUGGCAGUUCCUGCCAGCCUUGUGACUGCAGCGGGAACGCCGAUCCCAACAUGCUCUUCAGUGACUGUGACCCACUGACAGGAUUCUGCACGGGAUGCAUGUACAACACGGCAGGCCCUCGGUGCGAAGUCUGCGCCCCUGGGUUUUACGGCGAUGCUGUGCUGGCAAAGAACUGCACUGAAUGCAACUGUCUGUCCUGCGGGACUGACUCAUGUGAUCCCAGAACUGGCCAAUGUCGCUGUAAACCUGGAGUCACAGGUCAGCACUGCGACCGCUGUCAGGAAGGACACUACGGCUAUGAAGUGUGCUCGGGCUGCCAGAGGUGCGACUGCGACGUUGGGUCUGUGAGCACAGAUUGCCAUCCCCAGAACGGCCAGUGUAAUUGCAAUCCGGGUGUAAGUGGGCCCCGUUGCCAGCAGUGCACCCCUGGCUACUGGGGGCUCGGCGUGAAUGGCUGCUCGAAAUGCCAGUGCAAAGGAGGAUCCUGUAACCCCCGGACUGGGGAAUGCACGUGCUCCAAUGGUCUGACAGGGAAGCAGUGCGACACCUGCAUAAAGAAGCACGAGAUCCCUGUGGUGGACGGCCCAGACAACAUGAGAUGUGAAGCUUGUGACAGUUGUGUGUCGCUCCUGCUGGAUGAUCUCCAGAAGAUUGGAAGCUCCUUCCCUGCCCUCAGGCACCAGUUGACUAGCCUCAACGCCACCUCCAUAGCAUGGGCCCGUCUGCAUAGCAUCAAUGGCUCAAUGCAAGCCAUCACUAACCAACUGCGUGAGUAUCAGAGAUCCAUAAACAGGGCCAGGCAACAGACAGAUGAGCUGGAAGAAGAGAACACGGACUUUGUUCAGGAUUUGAACGCUCUUCAACACAAGGCAACAAUGACUCACAGAAAAGCAAAGCAAGUAACGGACAGUACAGAAGAGAGCUACCAGCAAGCGGAGGGCCUUGUUCUGGAUAUCAGUAAAAUUCGGAACAAAAUUGAUGAUCUUGUGUGCCAGAUGAACACCAUUGCCACUGCAAAUGCCAGCACCACUUCCACCGAGGAGUUCCGGCAGAAGAUGGCUGAGGUCGAUGCGAUGCUGAGGCAUAUGAAGGCCGUGGACUUCAGUUUCCAAAGAGCCACAGCUGUUGAGGAACACGAAGAAGCUCAGAAAUUGCUGGAUCGUGUGAAGAGUGAGCUUUUCAGCAAGUUGGAAUCCAACCAAGAACUGGUGGAUCGCAUCAACGGCCAGUUGGAUCAGUACAGCUCAGAGGUGAUGGACCUGCGAGAUGCCCUGAAUGAAGCUGUUAAUAAAACCCGCCAGACGGAGGACCUCAACAGCCUGAAUCGGAAUCACCUGGAGGAAACCCAGCAAAAGAGCAAAGAGCUGCAGGAGCAGUAUGGCGUGGUCCAGAACACCUUGCGCAUGGCUGAAGACUCUCUGGCCCAGGUCUCGGAUUUCCUACAAAUAAUAGAAAAUGCCAAGGAGGAAUCGGAGAAGUUAGCAGCCCAGCUGGAUGGAGCCAGAUAUCCUCUGUCAGAGAAAGCAAAGGAGUACUCCCUUGCGAGCACCAAAAUCCCCAUCGUUGAGGAGGCUGAAAACCAUGCGAAACUUCUAGAUGAAUUGGCACAAAACCUGUCCAGCAUCAUCCACGGCACGAACCAAGACGGAUUUAUUCAGCGAGCCAUCAACGCCUCCAACGCCUACGCCAGCAUCAUUGAGGCUGUCAAGAAUGCAGAGCGUGCCGCCAACGAAGCUAAUCAUGCCGCUGGCGAAGCCUUGACGAAUGUUAUCUUGGAUAAUCUUGGGGCCCAGUCAAAAGAAACGAAGAAGAAAAGCAAUGCCUUAGAAGAAGCUGUGAAGAAGGAGCAGAGGAAGCUCAGUGAAGACAUCAAGGGAGCCCUGCAGGCAGCAAAGGACAGAUUGGCCGGCCUCCGGACAAAGAAAGAACAACUUCUGAAGCAGCUGCAGUCAGUGAAGACCACAUUGGACAUGGUCCAAGGUGGCACAACAGAGGCGAUCCAGAAUGCCAAAGAUGCUGCUACGAGGGCCAACGAGACGGUGGCCAGGAUGGAAGGGAAGCUGAGUGACAUGAAAGGCAAUCUGGAUGAGUGGAAGGAACAAUACGGAGACCUCAAAAGCGAAGAUUUAAGUGAAGCUGUUCGUGAAGCCAAAAGCACUGUCUCAAGCCUUGAGAGCACCCUCCCGCUGCUUCUGGGAAAACUGAGCAGCCUGGAGAACAGACGGAGCCACAACGCCACCGUUUUGGACAACAUCCUGCGUGUGCGGCAGCUGAUAUCCUUGGCUCGGAACGCUGUCAGUAAGAUCAAAGUCCCGGUGAAGUUCAAUGGAACUUCAGGUGUGCAAGUCCGGACUCCCGGCGACAUUCAAGACUUGGCAGCAUACACCUCCCUCAAAUUCUAUAUCCAGAACCCAGAGCCCAAGCUGAGACAGAAGCGGCAAAAUGGAGAUGACCUGGGGCGCUUCGUGUUGUAUCUGGGAUCCAAAGACGCCACCGGCGACUACAUGGGCAUCAUCCUGAAAGAUCGCAAGGUGCAGUGGAUCUAUAAGCUGGGGGACGAGGAACCGACGCAUUUAACGGUCGAUGAAGAAAUCGGAGAACAAUUCGCUGCGGUCAGCAUCAACAGGAUCUUGCAGUACGGACACAUGUCUGUGACGGUGGAGAAGCACAUCUUGCAUGAAACAAAAGGGGACAGCGUUGCCAAAGGAGAGCAGGGACUGUUCAACUUCAAGCCCAGCAACGUGGUUUUGUACGUGGGCGGCUACCCCUCCAGCUUCACGCCUCCAACACCCCUGCACUACCCUAACUACCGGGGCUGCAUAGAGAUGGAUUCCCUCAACGAAGAGGUAAUGAGUCUGUACAACUUCCAGCGCACCUUCCACCUGGACACGGCUGCCGAGAGGCCUUGCACAAGGUCUAAAUCGACGGGUGAUCCCUGGCUGACAGACGGCUCCUAUUUUGAUGGCACUGGUUACGCAGAAAUCACGUUUGAGAGCCAGACGGGUCACGUCAAGCGUUUUGAGCAAGAGAUGCGGCUGGUGUCCUACAAUGGGAUCCUUUUCUUCCUGAAACAUCAGAGUCAACUGCUGUGUCUGGCUGUUCAAGACGGAAAGCUGGUGCUCUACUACGACUUCACUGGAGACCUUAAGGUGGCCCUUCCAUCCAAGGAUCCCGCCUCACUCAUCUUCAGCAGCAACACAAAUAAAGCGAUGCAAAUUUUCUUCUACAAAAUGGGUUCCAAGGAUCGUGUUCUGGUGCGUCUGGAACAAGUGACCAUCUUCACCGUGGAGCAGGAAAACGACUUACAAAGUGCCACCUCAUAUUACCUGGGCGGUGUGCCCAUGUCCGUUCUCCCUGAAAGCCUGAAGAAAAUAUUCCCCAAAGGCGGAUCCAUCAGGGGCUGCAUGAAAGGCUUGAAGGCUCUCGGCAAAUACAUUGACUUGAAACGCAUGAACACCACCGGAGUGAGUUACGGGUGUACCUUGGACCUGCUGGUGGCUCGCUCGGUUAAGUUCCACGGCCACGGCUUCUUGACCCUGCCGCUGAGGAAUGUGCCUUCUUUGCAAGAUUUCUACACUGGCUUCAGCUUCCGCACCAGCCAGAGCCGUGGCUUAAUGUACCGCCAUGCUACAGAGGAUGGCACCUGCCAAGUGGCCUUGCAGGAGGGCAGGGUGGCGGUCAGUGUCCUGUCAACAGAACUCACCACCAUGAAGGCCUAUGCGGACGGUGCCAGCCACUACGUUGCCAUCUACAGCGACGCUGCAGGGGUCCGGCUUUACAUCGACGACGAACUUCAGGAAGCCAAACACGGGCCCAGUGGCCACAGGAGGCAAAAGCGGCAAGACGAGGCGGCCCUCUUUCACCUGGGGGGCCUGCCCAGGGCCAGUGAAAUGGGCAACCUCACGGGCUGCAUCGGGAACGUCUUCGUCAGGAGGACAGCAGAUCCACAGAUGGUCGUGGACCUACAGCAGAGCACCGAGAGUUUCAAUGUGACCAUGAACUGUCCCAGGGAUCGGCAGCCCCAGCAGAUGAGGGCAUCGGAGAAGAAGGGCAGGUGGAAACCAAAGACAGCAAGCAAGACAAUGCUGAAAGACAUGAAUUGCCACUUGCCCAAAUACCCUAAAGCCGUUAAGGAUGCCUUCCAAUUCGGCGGAUCCUCAGUGAGCCGUUGGGAAUUUGAUGAUGUUCCAGCGACGUUCCAAGAAAGAUUCCAUUUCUCCAUGGAGGUCAGACUGAACUCAUCCAGCGGCUUGCUAUUCUACAUGGCUGAUGAAUCCCUGGGCUCCUUCUUCUCCCUUUUUGUGUCCAGUGGCCGCUUGGUGCUUUCUGCCGAUAUUAACAGACAUAAACUGAGACUCAGGACCAAAGACAAGUAUCACGAUGGAAGGUGGCACACAGUCUUCUUCAGCAGAGACAGAAACAGAGUCCACCUUGUCAUUGACGGGCUGAAAGCCCAGGAGAAGUCGCUGCCAGCUGCUGGAGACUUUUGGAUCUCUGUCCCUUUUUAUGUGGGUGGAGCCCCUGCGGAGAAAGCCAAGGCUCAUAUACCUGAUGCUUCUGCUACCAGCUUCAAGGGCUGCAUCAGACAUUUGAAACUAGACAGGAAGCCUCUCGUCUCACCAUCCGUGUUUGGUGUGACCCCUUGCUAUGUGGGCUCUUUGGAAAGCGGCAUCUUUUUCUCCGCUGAUGGAGGAUACGUGACCCUAGACAGGUCCGUGGCUAUUGGACAGGACUUUGAGUUGAUGCUGGAAAUUCGUCCACGGCGCGCCUUUGGCUUGAUAUUUCACAUAGGCACAAGGCAAACAAACUACCUCAGGCUGCAUACAGACAACCAAAAGGUCACUGUGAUUGCAAACACUGGUGCUGGGGAGUUCUCCACUUCUGUGGCUCAACCUUCACUCUGUGAUGGCCAGUGGCAUACAAUAGCAGUCAUGAAAGGCAGCAACGUAAUCCAGUUAGAUGUGGACACAGAGGGAAAUUAUACAGUAGGACCCAACGAAGCUCAUGUUGCUGCCGUCAAAGAGAACUUCUACCUGGGCGGCAUGCCAGAACCUACCAACGUUGGCCUCGCUUCACCACUGCAUUUCUCCUCUUACGCCGGCUGCAUGAAGAACUUGGUGAUAAACCGGAACCAAAUCAACUUGCAGCAAGCGGGUAGAGUCAGGGGUUCAGUAGGCUUUAAAGGGUGCCCAUUAAUGUAAACACACUUUCUAUACAAGUGUUAAGUCAGAUCGACAGAAAUCUGCCACACCCUCCAUGAGGCCAGUGGUCUUCCUGUUUGGCAUAUGUGCCUAGGUUUUCCUUUCAAACUGAGACGUUGGCAGAUUCCCACGCCCACAGCUGUUGGUACUGAACAAUGUUCCAUACCAACAGGAGGCAUAUUUCAGAGUGGGGACUCAGCCUUCUUUUUAAUUAAUUUGUAAUGCAUUUGCACAUUUCCCCUUGUAUGGCAGCAAUAAGGUAUUUUGAACAGGGCAAGGAAUGUGCAGAGUGUAAAAGUAUUUAUGAAGAAUGUCAAAGGAUACGGUGCUCUCUCACCUAUGUGAUUAUAGUCAAUAUCCAUCAAUGUGCCUUAAAGAACGGCUUCGCCAAACUAAAAUGCCCAAGGGAUAGGAACAAAUUAUUUAAGUGUUAUCUGCAUAUGAUGCUUUCUUGCUGGCAUUAUUUCAUCGUUUCCGAGCAGAAGAACAAUGAGGUUUGGGCAGUGUUUAUAUGCUGAAAUAUUUUUUUAAAAAAAACCCUCUGUAGUGUAACACCACUGAGCUUCAGAACUAUUUGUGUCUUGCCGUUCCCAGAGGCAUCAAUUACAUUUGAGGAAUAAGAUCUUUUAUAAGUGUUGGGUGCUUCCCAUUAAAUACUCCUCCCACCACCACCCCACCCUAUAAUGAAAAAAACUUUAGGCAUUGCUUAAUGUAUAAGUAAAGGAUGCAGCAUAAGACAGUUGUGCUUCCCUUUCCCCAUUAUAUACCAUUAUGGCAGCUUCAGUGCCUCAAAUCCAAUGGAAUUUCUCUUUCCAAGUUGGAUAUGAAGUGUAAUACAUUCCCUAAUAAACUGCCAGGCUGCUUACUCAUCACCCAAGAGCAGGAAGUGUGUGCAGUACAAAGCUGCCUCAUUCCAGGAACAAACGGGGGUGACUGACUCCUGGACCACUAUUCCCAUUUCUUCUUGGGUUUAACAUCUCCAACUCCCUUGCAGUCACUAACUUCACAAACACAACAGUAUACACGUCUCAUUUGUGCACUUACAGAACCCUUAUAUAUAUUUGAGUGUAUAUAUAUAUAUAUAUAUAUCUCACAUGGGACACGAUAUGGGUCUAGAAAUGACUCUAUAACUUAUCAGUAUAUUGGUUGUUUUAAUGCUGGGGUAAAUAUUGUAAAAUGGGUUUAACAAGAUUCUGUUUCUCUUUCAACAAAUGUAAUUAUGUGUUUUGAAGCUGUACUAUCAAGGCAUGUUCUUUGUAAAUCACUGGUACAUACUUUUAAUUCAAAUAAAA